GUUACAUAGGAACUGUCGCUGAAAACGUUGUGAAGUGAAUCAACUAUUUCUGACCUGCAUUAGUGCGGCCUUCCAUUUCUUCUGCCAAGAUAUGCACUUCUAGUCUAGUAACUAUUAGGAAAUGGAAAGGAAGAGUGCUUUGUUAACCCGGAAAGACCGUAUUAAAUGUUAGAUGACCUGGCCUUAAGCUGGGUUUUACUGCUCUUCUUCAUGAUUGGCCCCUUCAUUUCGCUUCGCUGCUUUGGUUAAUUUCAGUUACAAGAAGUCUGUGAGGAAGAACUGUUUGGCAGAAGAAAGGCAUAUCUACAAAUCCCAAUCUUCCUUUUCCUUCUUCCCGCAGCAAAGGAUACACAUAAAACCCUCCUCCGCUUCUUUCCCAUAGACCCCAGACAACAGACAAGUACAUCACAAUUCUGGCGGAAUAUUUUGGAGGGCCAGCUGCUUCUGUCGGAGUAUUGGUUAAAAUCUUGGGCCUUCCGGUCAGCCUUACCUCUCCCCUGGCUUGAUUCCUUCGGUUCAAAAUUCGGUUACUUGUCUGUACAAAGUCAAACUCUCGGCUGAAAAGCACUUCUUCAUCAAAAUCACAUGGUGCGACUCAGUAGGCCAAGGCUUCUCAAUUGGUAUUGGGGAGGAUACCCGUUCUCUUUCCAAAUUCAGCAGAAAUUCCAGGCAAUUCAAGAAGGUCAAAGGCACAAAAGCCUUCGAAUGCUGCGAUUCAAGAAUCGAAGUGCUCUGGGAUCUGUCUCAGGCUACGUUUGACAUUGGCCCUGAGCCGGUCAAUGGAUAUUAUGUUACGGUUUGGGUCGAUUCUGAAUUAAGUCUAAUUCUUGGAGACAUGGAAGAAGAAUUAGACGUGAGAAAAAGCACGUCCGGCGUACAAUUGCCAAAAUUUUCAUUGCUUUCCCGGAGCGAACAUUUCUCAGGGAAUGCCCUGUAUUCAACCAAGGCUCAGUUUUGCGACGCGGGAACAUGUCAUGACAUAGUGAUCAAGUGCGUUCGUGAAGACACGGGAUCAAAGGAUUCGGAAUUAUCUGUGACUAUUGAUAAGAAGAAUGUCAUUCACGUGAAGAGGUUGCAGUGGAAUUUUAGGGGAAAUCAGACAAUUUUUGUGGAUGGACUAUUGGUGGAUAUGAUGUGGGAUGUUCACGACUGGUUUUUCAAUCCGUCACCUGGAUAUGCUGUCUUCAUGUUUAGGACGAGAAGCGGGCUGGAUAGCAGAUUGUGGUUGGAGGAGAAAAUGUUGGAGCAGAAGGAACAAGAGAAAGGUGGCUUCUCUUUGUUGAUCUGUGCCCGUAAGACCUCUGACUAACUGAUUUUCCUCCUCCUCAGUUGCCAUUCUAUCUCCAUACUAUUGGGAUCCUUUUUCUCACCGUGUGUUUUUUGCCACGCAAACUUUAGCUUUGUAGAUUAAUUAAGCAUCAAAAAGAAUUAUACGACGAUAUAUAGCAGUUAGGAGACCAAAGAAAAUGAGAUUGAUUUGCAGAUAUUGCCGUUACACUACCAUAGACAUGGCUCCUUCCCAUGGAUUGGACCUUGUAGUUCCUGCUCUGUCUCUGUGAUGAAACGGAUCAUUCCCCAACAUAUAAUUUACGGGAAUGAUUCUCAAUUGUACAGCUUUUACUCAAUUUCCUUUGAUUUUACGAAGAUGAUUGUUCAAUGGAGUGCAGGGUUUAUGGUCCCUCUUUCCCUUCAA